AUGGCCUUUAACUCUCAGCUGAUCCUGGGCCAGGCAGAGCCGGAAGCACAGCAGCUGCAGGUACCGCGGCCUCGGGGUCGUAUACGUAUUGCUGACAUGCAAUUGCCCCAACCACCGCCACCGCCACCGCCAGGGCCUAUGUCCGGUCAUGGGCCAUUAAACUGGCCCAAUUAUGUCGCAGUUGCUCCUCCUCCCGCCACCUCCACGAUUCACACACAUAUUCCCCUGCUGCGUGAACAGAUCGGAGGAAGUAGCACUACAAAUUUGCCCCUGCCCAGUGAGGGACGCAUUCAGGAGGCUGUGGUGUAUGGUAACUGGAAACCAGAGCAUCCGCUCAAGCCCAAUGAAGAUGAGGUGCAGCCCAAGGAACGCGUCUAUGGACGCCUGGAGGCCAUGUUAAUGGGCAUGCCGGCAGAUGCUAUUGAUGGACGUGAGGAGUCCAGCGAGGAGCUGGAACCGCAACUGGAGCAACGCACCGCCUCCGGAGGCUAUCAUAAUCCCUACGCCCGUCGCGACAGUUUCGAGCGGGCACAGGAAUCGCGAGGUCGCUGGCGGGCUCACCAACUACAAUCCCAGUCACAGCCGCUGCCCGAGUUUAAUCCUCAGCCUCAGCUCCAGGCACCAAUUGAGGUGGUGCGCAUGAAUGCAACGGAUCCUUUGCUGCGGGCGAUGGCCAAACAGAUCAAUGAAUCGAUUGAAUCGACCACAGCACGUCGACAAUCCACACAAACCACGGAGGACAACUGGAUGCCACUGCCUAAUCCGUAUCCCACGCACAGUUAUGAGAGCACACAACCGGUUUUGGGUCCGGGUCCGGGUCCAGUGUCAAGAGAGAGGAGUGCAGAAGCCUCCACAUCUAGUCCCAUUUUAGUCACAGAGUCUACAACAAUUGCACUCAAUUGGCCAACUGACUUUCUGGAAGCCACCUCGAGCAGCACGGAGCGUAUUUACACUGAUCCUGGCAGCAGCAUCGAUCGCAUCGAUCACAUCGACAGCAUCGAUCGCAUUGACGACGAUCAGAGCGAGGAUUACAAAUACUACGAGGAUAGUCUGAGCUCCGCCCAAAUGCACAGUGAGCUGAGUGUGCCGGAGUCCUUGAUUCCCCAACUGCCGCUCAACAUAACGCGCGUGGGAAUUCCCUACGAGGAGCGCAAUUCCGCCGAGGAGCCAACCAUUUGUGUACCUCUAACAGUGACUGAGACCGCCUCGGAGAGUGCCACCCCUCUGCUGGUAGAGGUGGAGCGUGUCUAUUGCUUUCCACUCCCCAAGGUAGAGAUCAGAACGGGCAACAUCAGACAGCAGCAGCAG